AUGGCUGAAUCCACAAACACACUCCGAUAUGUCGAUAUCGGGAUCAACCUCAGCGACCCCGUCUUCCGCGGUGAAUACCACGGAAAGCAAGCCCACGAAGAUGACCUGGACGACGUAAUCCAGCGCGCAAAAGACGUGGGUUGUUCCAAGUUCAUGGUUACAGGAUCCGACCUAGUCGAAUCCAAACACGCCAUCUCCAUCGCCAGCAAAUACCCCGGCUUCUGCUACGCAACAGUUGGAGUCCAUCCCUGCCAAGCAAAGCUCUUCGAUGAAUACCCAGAAGGAGCGCAAAAGAUGCUCCAAGAACUCUGGACAAUGACCGUACAAGCCAAGAAAGACGGGCUCGCCGUAGCCUUCGGCGAAAUCGGUCUAGACUACGACAGACUUUUCCUCAGUGAAAAGGCACCGCAACUGAAAUACUUCGAGGCUCAACUCGAUCUUGCCGUUGAGAUCCAGCUGCCACUCUUCUUGCAUUCCCGGGCUGCCAGUGAAGACUUUGAAAGACUUCUCGCGCCACGAAUGGCGCGUCUGCCCAAACGUGGUCUUGUGCAUAGUUUCACCGGCACCCUGGAGGAGAUGCAUCGGAUGGUUGCGCUGGGCUUGGAUGUUGGUGUCAACGGGUGUAGUUUGAAGACCGAGGAGAAUCUGGAGGUUGUCAAGGCUAUUCCGCUUGACAGGUUGCAGAUUGAGACUGAUGGGCCUUGGUGUGAGAUUCGUCCCUCGCAUGCUUCGGCGAAGCACCUUGACGGUGCGCCUGACCUUCCAAAGGCUGUCAAGAAAGAGAAGUGGCAGAAGGGUUGUAUGGUUAAGGGCCGCAAUGAGCCUAUUGCUAUUGCCCGCGUUGCUCAUGUUAUUGCGAGUGUUAAGGGAAUUACCGUGGAGGAAGUUUGUGAAGCGGCUUGGAACAACUCUAUCCGGAUGUUUGGAUUGGGUGAGAAGUCUGCUUGA